AUGUAUAUAUGUGUUUUAAUUUGUAUGUUUUUGACGUGUGCUAGUGGAGGUUCUGUGACUGUUGUUACGAGUGCAGGGAGUAUAGUGGGACAAAGAGAAGAUGGAUACGACACUUACUUUGGCGUGCCUUAUGCAAAAGUUGAUGAGAAUAAUCCGUUUGGUAACACCCUAGUGUACCCUAAGUUCGAGACACCAUUCAUCGCCAACGACUCUUCGAUAUUGUGCCCACAAUCAAUCUUCAAAGUCAGUGACACAUUGCAAUGUCUCCGUCUCAACAUCUACGUACCACAUACAACCAGAUCAUCCAAAAAACUACCGAUAUUGGUCUGGUUUCACGGAGGAGGUUUCGCUUUCGGCAGCGGUGGUGAAUAUGGUGCCAAACAUCUUGUCAAAAGAGGUAUUAUCGUCAUUACCGUCAACUACAGACUAGGUCCCUACGGGUUCCUCUGUCUAGACGACCCUACCGUGCCAGGUAACCAAGGCAUGAAAGAUCAAAUCGAGGCUUUAAGGUGGAUCAAGAAGUAUAUUGGAGCUUUCAAUGGAAAUCCUAAUAAAGUGACUAUUGCUGGCGAAAGCUAUGGCGGUGGAGCUGUUGAUUUGCAUCUGUAUUCAGAAUACGAGAUGCUUUUCGACAAGGCUAUAGUACAGAGUGGAUCUAUAUUUGAUGAAGGAUUUUAUGUAAAGCCGGAUAAAAAUGCAGCCAUAAAAAUAGCACAGCAUUUAGGACAUAGGGUCAAUGAGACAAAGGAUGCUUUAAAAGAACUCGCCAAUGAAAACCCUCGGUCGGUAAUGUCUGCAGCAUUGAACUUGAGUUUGCCAAUGUGCGUUUGUAAAGAAAAACGUUUUCCUGGAGUCAAUAAUUUUGUAGCAUCCGAUCCGUUCCAUUUAGAAAAAGCAGAGAGAAUAAGAAAUACAAAAAUUAUGAUCGGAUACACCAGCAUGGAAUUGUUGUUCGCAUACGCCAAUCAAACUAAAGAUUUCUGGGAUAAAUUAGGAAAUGUAUUCGUUGAAGGAUUAAAGAGAAACUUUAUAAUGUCAUCAGAUGAAUAUACAGCUCUAGGCGAUAUUUUAAAGAAGUUUUAUUUAGGCGCAAAAGAAAUCGGUCCUAAUUCUAUUAUUGAGUUGAGUGAGUCCGCGUCUGAUUUUGUCGUUAAUCAUGCUGAAGAACGAUCGAUCGAUAAGUACAUGCAAGCAAAUAUGGAUGCACAUAAUGCUAAGGGAAAAGUCUACAAGUAUAUGUUCUCAUAUAUAGGAGGUAGUACAUACAAAGAUAUACCUGGAUCUGGGGCUGCUCACACUGAAGAGUUAAAAUAUUUAUUCGAUUGGGAAACUCCGAUAGCUGGUGCAGAGCAAACACUGAUAAGAUCCAGAAUGACGGCGCUUUGGGCUAAUUUUGUUAAGUACGGAAAUCCAACUCCUUCAAAGACGCAGGAACUACCAGUCUUGUGGACACCAGUUAUUGGAAAAUCCAGACCUUAUUUAAACAUAGAUGUGGAAAUGUCAAUGAAAGAUCAGGCUUACAACCGACGCAUGGCAUUCUGGGAUCUAAUGUGGAAGACAUACGAGAAGAAAUCGUCACCAGUAUCUGGAUCACAGUGCGUGGCUCUUCCAUUACAAAUGCAGGGCUGGGCAUCUCCUUCUAAGUUGAUCACUAUAGUCCCCAAAACCGUCGUCAUGUGGACUUUCGGGGGUGGCAUCCAAAACCCAACAGCUGGUUCUUGGCAGGAGCUCGCAGUGUACCCUCUUGGACAAGCACAGAGUUCAACUCCGAGAGCUGGUUCAGACCUACUUAGGCCUGGGAUUGCUGUGUCCAGGGAAACAUUGAGGACUCUAGAUGAGAAACCAAAAUAUUUAUUGUCAAUAAAAGAGUAA